AUGGCUAAAGCUUUUGACAAAGUUGACUGGAAUUUUCUUAUAGCCAUUAUGAAAAGAAUGGAGCUUAACUCCCACUGGUGUGGCUUAAUUCACCAGUAUAUUUCUACUACCACCUCUGAUGUUCUAGUCAAUGGUUCUCCUAAUAAGUUUUUCAAACCAUCCAGAGGAUUAAGACAAGGUGAUUCUCUAUCACCUUAUCUCUUUGUAUUCUGUAUGGAAGCCCUUUCAAGAACUCUUUCCCAUGCUGAAGAUUUGGGGAUAAUCACUGGUAUAAAAAUCCGCAAGAAUACUCCUCCCAUCAAUCAUCUCUUGUUUGCUGAUGUCUGCAUGGUAUUCUGCAAAGUCAAUAAGAUUGAAAGCCAAAAUCUAAUGGAUAUUUUCAAAACAUUCAGUGAAACUUCUGGUCAGCUAAUCAACUUCAACAAGUCUGGUGUUUUCUUUAGAAACAACACUGAUCCUAAUCUAAGCACCUACAUUAGAAAUGAUAUGAGGGUCCAAUUUCUGAAUCUUCAUGACAAAUACAUGGGAUCUCCUCUUUUUACUCACAAAAGUAAGAUUUUAUCCUUUAGACUUGGAGUGGAUAAACUGAAACAAAGAUUGAUCAGCUGGAAAAAUAGUCCCUUGAAUCCUGCUGGCAGACAUGUCCUUAUAAGUUCUAUCACUUCUACUACCAGUAUAUACCAGAUGAAAUUCUUCAAAUUUCCAAAGAAAACCUUCCAAGACCUCAACAAGCUUCAAAGAGAUUUUUUUUGGGUAAAAGCUUGGAUAACCCAAAAGGUUACUACCCUAAAUCCUGGACAGUACUCUACAAGCCAAAGGAAUUGGGAGGUUUAG